AUGGCUCGCAGCGUUUUGCGGCUCAAACCAUGGCUUCCACAGCAACCAUUCAUCUGUCUUGACCAUGGCCAUUUGCUCUCCGUCCAUUCCUUAUGCCAACCAGCCAGGAAUUCACUACUCGGCCAAAGGACGAUCAUUCGCGUCACAACGACACGCUUUCCACAUUCGACAUGCCAGUUCUUGGACAUGUCGCGGACGCGAAUUGAGUCUCUACUUGCAUCGUUUCCAAAGCUUUUGCCUCCGCCAUCUAGCACACAACACACACUGAUAGAAACACCAGAUGCGUCUAAUCUCCUACGAGAUAUAGACAUGCUCUACCUUCUUGUGCGUGUUGCCUCUGACAUGUGCCAGAGCGUAGCCGAGAGCCAAGUUGCAACACGAGCCUUGGAGCUACUUGGCGCGUUUGACGAGGUGGUUGGGAUAGAACAUUACAAGGAAAAGAUUCAAGAGAUUAUCGCCCGGAAUAAGGAAGCAGAAGCUAAAGAGGAGCUCAAAUGUCGUGCCAAACAGCUCGAGCUGCAGUGGCGCGAACAACAACGUCGCGCGGCAGGCAACUCUGGCUUUUCUUUGUCUGGAUAUGGCGGCGGCAUCAUUGGCUAUUCACCCGUACCCACUUCAUAUACCCCACCGCCUCCCACUGUCUCAACUCCCAUCAAUCUCAAUACUGUUGGGCAGCAACUUAUCGACGCGCUUGGAAGCGACUACAUGGCUUCUGGUAUCGGUCUGGCUUCUGAACCCCCAACUCCUUCCGUUGCUGCGGCCCCGCAGACUGUUCAAUCUACGAACAAAGGCAGAGGUAGCCUGCCCGAAGUUGUACCAGAAAGCAUUAACAUCAGUAUCACCGAGCAAAUCACCUGCUCAUUACUCCGUGAUGGAGGUUUAGAGAAAGACAUCGAGCUUAAAGGAGACACAAACGAUUCCAACUCACUUGUGGCAGCCUUGCAAUUUAAACAACACCCACAAGUCGCCAAGUUCGAUGCGAAGGCAAACCGCAAUGAGGCCAAGAAGAUUGCUCUUCGUGACGCCUCAAAGACCUUCCCCAUCAACCAAAACCUGGCAGUUCUGAAAUGGCGGUAUAAAGGCAACAAUAAAUCCACCGUUCCGCUUUCCAUAAACUGCUGGCCCACACCUUCGAACGAUGGUACAUGCGAAGUCAGCAUCGAAUUUGAGCUCGAGAACGAAAGCGUGAUACUUCACGGCCUGGAGAUAUUCAUUCCUUUACCGAUCCUACCCGACAGUCUCAUCACACACCAAUUCACUUGCGUCGACCACUGCCAUUGUAGAUGCAUCAUCGCGAAGCUGUUUACUGUUGGGGGUGAUGAUCCCGAGACAUUUUUCCCAGUCCGUGUUGCCUUUGUUGGCAAGGGUAGUCUCGCGGGUGUGGGCAUUGCACAAACGUCGCUUGAGGACGGCGCAGAUGCAGUCUUUUCUGUCGACUCGAGUUUGGGCGAGCGCUCUGCAAGAGGGCUGGCCCAACUAACCCGGACCGACCACCGAAUAUCUCCGGUUGGGCUGGCAUCAAUUCAUCAAUGGCUUCCCUCCCCCAGCGUAGCGGGGGCCCUUCCACUCGUAUUUCUCCACCAUCCACCCCAUCUCAUGCCCCCCAAACCCACCAACCGACCUCCAAAGCCCGCUCCGGCGCCACCACACCACCACGAUGAACAGUCAAGAAGAUACACCCAGCACUGGCUCAGAUGA